AUUUUUCUUCUAAUAAAUCUUCCCAUCCAAGGAUAGAAUUAAUACAGAAACUUCUGAUAUAUUAUUUAGAUCUAGUGUCUGUAAUUGGUGUUUACCACUGCUCAAAAGGCCUGGCCAAGUCACAGGAGAAUUCUUGCCCUGAGCUGAUGACCAGUCAUAGUCAUUUUUAUUUGUGAAUGAACUAACUGAGGAAAAAUUCUAUGAAAGGUGCUUUGUGUAAAGUGUUUUUUCUUUUUUUAAUAUCCUGUCACAGUGGAACUGGAAGUGCUUCAAUUCAGUUAUUGGCUUUUGGCUUCUGAGAAUCAGCAUUCUAAGGCUGGACAGGGUUCCGUUUGCAAAACGGUUAUUCAGCACUCAACUGACCUACUGAAAGUGAAGACCAUGACACAUAAAAUACACAAAGGAAAACUGAAGAGUUACAAUUUCUCCAAGAGACAUCCUCAAUGCUUGCCAUCAGUUGUCAGUUCUAGAUAUCAGAAGAAGAGUACCAUGUCUCUACUCCACUUCCUUUGGACCCUCCAUGAAGCAUCUGUUAAGGGGAAAAAAUUAAGAUGGCAGUUAAAAAAACAAACCAACCAACCUAUAAGUAAGAAAGAAAAGGCUCCCAAUCUAGAUUCAUGUCUUAAAGCUAUAAAUAGUGCAUAAACAGUGGCUUUCAUUGUAGCUUUUAUGAAUAGUAAAUAUUAAUAGUACAAUAAAUUUUUUAUAUGCAUGAGCCACUUAUUCUUGAUGGAGAGGACACACUUAAAUGUGUCACCAAGAUUUCUUGCCCAGUUGCAGAGGCAGAAGUCUAAUCUUCAAGUGAGCAACACCGUGACAGGUAUUUGGUGCAGUUGUUCAUGCCUGAUAGUAGCUAGGUUCUGGGUUAAAGUAAUAAAACACUCCAUCAUAUGGUAAGAUGUCCUGUUAGCCAUAGUUUGUUUCCACUAUAGUUCCUGACUUAGCAUUUUUACGUUAGCAUUUUCUUGAAAGUUCAAAUCUCAGCACCAAAAUCUACUGGUAAAACAUCCUGACUAGUGGAAGAAACAUAGGGGAAGUGAACUGUGGAGCCAGUUUGGAAUGAGACUUGUAUUACUUCAAAUAUGGAGGACAGAGAACCUCUCUUGGACUUAGGCCUGGUCUACACCAAGAAGUCUUUCUUAUCUUCUGUCUGGACUGGCAUAUUGUGGAACUUGAGGGAAAAAAACAGAUUAGCAGGUGCUCCCGCUCCAGUGAUAUAUGAAACACAGAGACCAGUUAAGCGGAAGCUUACAAAGGACAUAACCUGUCUGAAAGAUUUUAUGAAAGAUCCCAAAAGAGAGGAACCUCUAGUUGGUUUAGAACAUGUGGUUGAAAUCAGAUUUGAAGGGAGGAGAGAACCGCAUUAUGAAUGCAAACUGUGUGAAUUUAACACAGAGAUGGCACCUAUGAUAGAACAUCUCAGUGGCUAUAAACACAGAAGAGCAUAUAUUUCUAAAGAAUUUCCAGAUAAAAUGAAGAAAAACACACCAGGCGUGAAAGAGGACAAAGUCUCAUUUCUCAGACGGAUAGCAAGAGAGAUAGAAAAGGCUGAAGGUUUAAAAAUGUAUAAGACUGAAGGUUAUACAAGACCCAGUAUAUCUUCCUCCUCAUCAAAGAAAAAAUCAAGGUGGGAAGAUGAUUACAAGCCUGAGAAUGAUCCAGUUCGAAAGCAGAAAGCUCUAGAAUACUUGGAAACUUUUCAGGUCACCUCAGACACAGAAGCAACUCUGGUAGUUAGUAUUACACAAGAUCUGACAGAAGCUUUGAAGACCUUUUGUAAAAAGAAAGCAGCUGUCAAUUAUGCCAGCAGCCUGAGGCCACUGAUGUCAAUAUCUCAAGAUGAGCUUUCAGCAGGAAGAAACAUCCAGAAACCAUACAAGUCUUUUGAAAAUUACAAAGGCAAUUCAGGAAAUACUAAGUGGAAUCAAGAUUUUUCAUCUCAAAGACCUGAACAGGCACAAUUUACAUCACAGUUGGAUGCAAACACUUCAUUCACCACUGCCAGUUCAUACAGUUACCAAACAAGUGAUGGAUCAUCCUCAUAUGGACUAAGACCUAAUGAUUCUGCAACAAUGGCUGCACUCAGUAAUUCAUUUGCCCUUCAGACGGGAGGCUUUGCUACUGGAAUCAAUGAAUGGUUGAAGCAAUUCAAUCAAUCUGCUUCUGUAUCCUCCCAGUCCACUUCAGUUGGAGGCACCUCUCCCUACUUCAGAUAUUCAGGGAGUGGGUAUUCAACAGAAUACAAGUCUAAUAGUGCCCAAGGAAACAAAACUACAGCACCUGUUAACAGAAUGUCUUAUGGUGUUGGAGGUACAAAUUGGAAGAGUCAGAGAGCAUUUACAAAUACAAGGAAUUUACCUGACCAGAGAUCAUCCUAUUCUGCUUCCUCUGCUACAUAUCCUUCAUCUGGAGGAUAUUCGACAAACUGUCCUUUACAAGGCUGUUCAUCUUACUACAGAGGUGGGUCUUCAAAUUCCGCUUCUUCAUCAAGAGGUGGUUCUAGUUGGUCAGAAGAAUCGAGAUAUCAGAAAUCAAAUUUCAAGACUGAUUCAGCCUCAUUUCGUUCCUCCUCUUCUGUCCACAAUUCAUACAAAGAUUACCAACAACAAAACAGAGAGUCAGAUAAGAUGUUUGAUGAAGAUGCCAGUGGUCUUACUCCCAACAUUCUGCAUAGACUUCAAGGAAAGGAUGUACCUACAAUGACCAGAAUGCUCCGGCAGCUGACUCCAUAUUAUCCAGCACUUCAAAAAAUCAAUAUUGAAACAUUAGUCAAAGCAUUAAUUGAAACUAGAGAAAUAAAUUAAGAAGAUAAAACAGCUGAAUUGGAACUGAUGAACAGAACACUGGAGAAUCUUCACUUCAAGUUUUUUAGGAAACAAACUCAACAAUUUAAUUUUGGAUGUGGUUUCUUUUUGCUUUGUUUUUGUUUUUUGUGGAAGGGGAUAGGGUUUAUGUUUUUAGUACAGUAAAAAUGUAGAUGGAGCACAAAUUAUUGUCAUGGAGAUGAAUAUGCUGUUCAUGUAUUUUUAUGCAUUUGUUAAAUAUUUUUAGUAGAUUUCACUGGAAACUCUUGGUUUUUGAGGGGCUGGUUAAUAUUAAUCACCUUUUUCAAAAAAAGUUUUUGUAUGUUGUAAUCCAUUUAGGAAGAAUAUUCACUGAAAAUAGUUCCAUUGCAUGAAAAAUACAGAAAUGCAUUACUUAACUUAUAAACCAAUGGCCAGUUCUUCUAAUUUUAGACUUUAUAAUGAGUUAGGAUACUUUUUAGAAGUGACUAUACUGAAUUUCUUUUUGGAACACAUUAAAAUGAUGGGCCCUAAACAAAAUGUUUCUCCUCCUGUGGACUCAAAAUGUGCUCUUAAAUAAGAAAAUGCAAACACUUGUUAGUGGAAAAACUUAACCAAUUUUAUUUUUAAAUUGUAAAAAUGCACACAAAUAUGGAAAUACAACCAGAAUUCUAUUGUAUAGAAUAGCAUUCUGCAUUUCCAGUGUUGAUUUGUAAAAAAAAAAAUAAUAAUAAUAAUAAU